AUGAGUGCCUCAAAACCUCAAAAUAACGGCGUUUCACAGACUGUAACGCCUGAAAGGUCUGCUGCGGCAGCUCUCAACCGAGAACCAGUGCAAAAUACCAACUCGCAAGACCAUCAGCCUGCCAACGACUCCAUGUUGACACGAUAUGUCAGCGAACACCGGCCAAGUCAGGUUCCGGUUACCGAGCGAUUAGCCGCUACAGCGUCUCGAUCUUCUUAA